AGGAUGGAGUAGAGCAACAUUAAUACAGCAAGGCAGCACUGUGUUUGGAAAUGUGCAUCUUUUCUUGGGCCCAAAUGCAAUAAUUGUUGUCCUGUUUUCUACCGUUGAGGCUUCUUUCUAUCAGCUAAGCUAAGCAGUCCAAAGGGCACAACACAACAGAGAAAGAAAAGAGUAAGAGUAUGGGAGGCUCAUGGUCAUGGCAGCUCACAUGUGCCCUCUUGCUACUCUUCUCCGCCGUAGUCACCGCCACUGACCACAUUGUGGGUGCGAAUCGUGGCUGGAACCCUGGCUUUAACUACACUCUUUGGGCCAACAACCACACUUUCUAUGUUGGCGAUCUUAUCUCAUUCAGGUACCAAAAGAACCAAUACAAUGUGUUUGAGGUGAACCAAACUGGGUAUGACAACUGCACUACAGAAGGGGCAGUGGGGAAUUGGAGCAGUGGGAAGGAUUUCAUACCCCUUAACAAGGCCAAGAGAUAUUACUUCAUUUGUGGCAAUGGCCAAUGCUUCAGUGGAAUGAAGGUUUCCGUUGUUGUUCAUCCUCUUCCUCCUCCUCCCACCUCUGCAGUUGCUGCUCAACAUUCAUCGCCAAAGUCUGCUUCUCCUGUGCUCUUAAAACGAGGAUUUCGCUCACUGUUGGUGUCUACUGUUUCAGCUUGCUUUGGAAUUGUUUGGAUUUAUCACUUGUAGAGCUUAGUGGCUCAUUUUUUUUCCCCUUGUUGUUUGUAUCUUUCAUGUUUGUUUCGGAUUCUUGCCUUUCAAAAGCUUGCUUGUUGGUGCUGAAUUGUUUCUCCCUGUGGCUGUGUCUAGGUUCCCCUUUAUAAUUCAGCCUAUAAUUGUGUUCCUGAGUCUUGUUAGAUGCAAAACAAAGGAAAUGGGAAUUUUCAGGACUUUUGUACUGAUAUAUUUCUGAGUAAAAUAUGCUUGUAGUCUUAAA